UGUUUAGAACUUUCAAGCGCAAGGAAAUGCCACCAACCUUUCCACACAAUCAUUUUCAUCUUUGGUUUCUUCGCUACCCCGGGAUUUUGUGUGCUGAAAACUUUCAUUAAUCCAAACUUUGUCUUCAAGAUAAUUUCUCCUCUGUUCUGAAAAUAAGUGAUGAUCAUCCAGGCAACAACAACUUCAAAUUUUGGUUCAUUCCCAAUAUGCCCAACAACCAGGCACCAUUCUCAAUCCCGCAAAAUCAUCCCUUUGAAUCUUGUUUCGUCUCAAAAAGGCCAAGAGUUUACCUCAGUAACUCACAAAGGUGACAAAAUGUGCGAGUGUUUUGAUUUGCAUAAAGAGCUAGUCCCAUAUGGAGAUGCUUGGAAUUGGCAGAAAGUGAUUGUUAGAGAGAAAAGCUGGUUGAUUGAAAGGAAUGAAGAAUGCCCAGAUACACUGAUUGUUUUGCAGCAUCAACCUGUGUAUACAAUGGGUACUGGUAGCUCUAUAGAAUACCUGAAUUUUGACAUAAAGAAUGCUCCUUUUGAGGUUUAUCGUACUGAACGAGGUGGAGAAGUUACCUAUCACGGGCCUGGCCAGCUAACUAUGUACCCAAUUAUCAAUCUUCGAAAUCACAAGAUGGAUCUUCAUUGGUACCUCAGGGAACUUGAGGAGGUGGUCAUUCGUGUUCUUUCCUCAACAUUUUCUAUCAAGGCUUCCAGGAUUGAGGGUUUAACUGGAGUUUGGGUUGGAGAUCAGAAACUGGCUGCAAUUGGUAUAAAAGUAUCUCAAUGGAUAGCAUAUCAUGGUUUAGCACUGAAUGUCACUACAGAUUUGGCACCUUUUAAUUUGAUAGUUCCAUGUGGGAUCAGGAACCGGAAGGUUGGAAGCAUAAAGGGGUUACUGGAAGAAUCCUGCUCAAAUGCAAAGGCACAUCAUUUUGAUUAUUCACAACUGAUUGAUAUUACUAGCCAAUCCUUGAUCAGGGAGUUUUCAGAAGUUUUUCAGCUUAAGAUCCAACAAAGAAGUUUGGAGUUUUUGGUGAAGAAACCAGAAAGCUUAUAACAGGAAAAGGAAUUAACUUGAAUCCUGUCUGUGAUAUUUAAGCAAAGAAAAAGGUGCAUUGAUGAGCAAUUUCUCGUGUGUUUUUCAAUGUCUUUGUGAUUCAAGAAUAAGAGGCUGUUGAUAUAGCAUGUUUGCAUUUAUCCUUGUUUGAUCAAUGAUCAAGAUAGGGAACCUCUGACUGUGAAAUCCGAGUUAGCAAAGAGAUUUUAUUUCACUGGACCCAUUCUGAGUUAAAAAACUGUAGGACUUUCUGAUGGUGUGAGAGGUUUGUCCUUGAAGUUUAACCGUGUUACCUUUAUGAUGCCUAACCACAAUCCUAGGCUCAUGCCUUGAGACAGUGCCAAUAAUUACCUAUGGUAGUAUGAGGAAGAAAAAAAGUGGCGCUGCAUUUGCAUGGAGCUGGAUAUCAAGAUCAAUCAACACUAAAAGAUGAUGCAUGUAUCAAUCUGUAUACACGGUUAUUUCUAGAUGUAAACCAUAUAUAGCAUCUUCCACUUACCAUUUACUCCAUCUUUCACGUCAUGAGAUUGUAAGAAAGACAUAAAUGAUACAAAUUUCCGUUUUUUUUUCCA